UACCCCAUAUAGGUCCAUCCUAUAACACAGCCAGGACAGAGACGAGAGACUCAGGCCUUCUGACUUUGAUUCUGCUCUUUCAUCUCGUUGUGCAUGCAGUUAGAGAAACAGGCAAAAAGGAAAAUGAAAGUGCACAGCUGGAGCCCAUGAUUUCCUGGAAGAGCCCGAGAGUUUGGCUUUUUUUUCUCCUGCAGCACUUAACAGAAACCAGUUUUGCAAUCAAUUCCCGUUCAAAAGCCACCCUACUCUUCCUAUCUGUCUUUCUCCAGCCCAGACGCUCACAGCCUCCUGCAGGACCGGGGGCCUCGGAGAGUCAAGGACAGAGGUUCAGGAUCUUCCUCUCCCUCGGGACCCGAGGCCACAAAGGAGAGCUCCGUGGAGAGAAGGUAGUACAGCGUCUCUUCUCAGCCAGAACACCUGUCAUUCUGAAUAUGAGGAGGAUCAGAAACACGCUAUCUCCAGCCUGCCAAGAAAAUCAUUUGACUCCUGGGGACACAGAUUUGGUGCCACAGACGCUGCUGGACAACCAGGCAGAGGAAGAAAGUGAAGCUGGUGUUGGUUUGGAAAGGGAUGAGGAAGAUGUUCCUCUGUGUGAAGACGAGGAGCUACAAUACAGAGAUCUGUCCCCGAAAGAAAAAAUAUUUUUGAGAGAAUUUCCCAGAUUGAAAGAAGAUCUAAAAGGGAACAUUGACAAGCUCCGUGCCCUUGCAGAGGAUACUGACAAAACUCACAAGAAAUUCACCAAGGCUAACAUAGUGAUCAACUCUACUGCUGUCAUCUCUGACGCGAUGAGCCUCCUGGGUUUAGCCUUUGCCCCAGUAACAGGAGGAGUAAGCCUAUUGCUCUCCGCCACUGGUCAAGGUUUGGCAGCAGCAGCUGGGGUCACCAGCAUUGUGAGUGGUAUGUUGGAAAAAUCCGAAAAUAAAAAAGCCCAAGCACAGGCUGAAGACAUACUGCCCACCCAUGACCAAGAGGACAGGGGGGAUGAGGCAAACAGGGCAGACUAUGUCACAGCUGCUAUAAAGAUUACCUAUAAUGGUGUAAGCGUCUUGAAGGAUGCCAAGAAAAACAUCCGUGCAUUUCAGAAACUCAGAGCUGACCCACACUUGGCCAGUGCUAGCAAGCGUCUUCUGACCACUGGCCAAGUCUCCUCCCGGAGCAGCAGGCAGAUACAAAAGGCCUUUGGGGGAACAACACUGGCGAUGACCAAGAAUGCUCGCCUGCGGGGAGGUGUGAUGUCCGUCAUCUCCCUUGGCUUUGACUGCGUCGCUCUCUCAAAGGGAUGGAAGCACCUGAAGGAAGGAGCAAGGGCAGAGUUUGCGGAAGAGUUGAGAUCCAAGGCCUCGGAGUGGGAGAGGAAACUCACAGAACUCACCCAGUACUACGAGAGCUUGCAACAGAAAGUAAGGUCAAGGGCCAGAGGGGUAGGGAAGGAUUUAACUGGGACCUGUGAAACCAAGUCUUACUGGAAGGGGUUAAGGGAGCAUGUGUGGGUGUGGGUGUGGGUGUGUGUGUGUCUGUGUGUAUGUAAAGUUUACAUGAAUGUUUCUUAGGACAUGGCAUACAAUGGCCUUGGAGGUCCAAAUAAUAUCAAGUACAUCUUGGAGAUGAGGGUGCCUGUCCUGGACAGACCUAGGCAUGCCUUCUGUUUAUCCCUCAAUGCUCCUUAAGGCCUAUUGCUGGGAAAAGGGUCUCCCCUGUUUGUUUGUUUGUUUUGAGACAGGGUCUCUGUUGCCCAGGCUGGAGUGCAGUGGCAUGAUCUCGGCUCACUGCAACCUCUGCCUCCUGAGUGCAAGCAAUUCUCCUGCCUCAGCCUCCCAAGUAGCUGGGAUUCCAGGCAUACACCAUCACGCUCAGCUGAUUUGGGUAUUUUUAGUAGAGACAGGGUUUCACCAUUUUGGCCAGGCUGGUCUCGAAUUCCUGACCUCAAGUGAUCCAGGCACCUUGGCCUCCCAAAGUGCUGGGGUUAUAGGUUUGAGCCACCAUGCCCAGCCGGGUCUUCCCAGUUUUAACAAAGAGUCACUGAGCCACAGGGAGAGUUAAGAACUAAAUUGUCUCCUCCUCCAAAUUCAUAUGUUGAAGUCCUGAACCAAAAUGUGGCUGUAUUUAGAGAUGGACCCUUUGGGAGGUAAUUAGGGUUGAAUGAGGCCAUAGGGUGAGGUUCUUGCCCAAUGGAAUUGACCUCCUUAUAAGAGGAGGAGGAAAUGCUGUUAUGCCCAGACCGUUUAUUCCCCGAAGAAGACCACCAGAGUCCAGAGUCAAAGCUA